AUGGCGUUUUCCAACCAGACCCCGACCAUUGUCGUUUUGAAAGAAGGCACCGACGCCUCGCAGGGCAAGGGCCAGAUCUUGAACAAUAUCAAUGCGUGUCUCGCCAUCCAGGAGACCCUAAAGCCCACGCUCGGCCCAUUUGGAUCGGACAUCUUGAUCAAGUCUGCCAGCGGCAAAACCACCAUUUCCAACGACGGCGCCACGAUUCUCAAGCUCUUGGACAUUGUGCACCCUGCGGCCAAGAUGCUUGUGGACAUUUCGCGGGCGCAAGACGCCGAAGUGGGCGACGGAACCACAUCGGUGACGAUUUUGGCGGGCGAGUUUUUGAAGGAGAGCAAGACCUUCAUCGAGGACGGCAUCUCGUCGCACUUGAUCAUCAAGGGCUUGCGCAAGGCGUGCGAGUUGGCGGUGGCCAAGAUCGACGAGAUCAAAGUGCAUAUCCGCAGAGAAGACGAAAAAGAGUUCCGCGAGCUUUUGGAGAGGUGUGCCACCACCGCCAUGUCGUCGAAAUUGAUCAGCAAGAACUCCCCGUUCUUCACGAAGAUGGUGGUGGACGCAGUGUUGUCCUUGGACGACGAGUUGGAUGAGAACAUGAUUGGCAUCAAGAAAGUGCCUGGCGGAGCCAUGGAAGACUCGCUUUUCGUGGACGGUGUGGCGUUCAAGAAGACCUUCUCCUACGCCGGCUUUGAGCAGCAGCCAAAGCUUCUCCAUGACCCCAAAAUCUUGUGUUUGAACGUGGAGUUGGAGCUCAAGGCCGAGAAAGACAAUGCCGAGGUGCGUGUCGAGCAAGUCAAGGACUACCAGGACAUUGUGGAUGCCGAGUGGAAAAUCAUCUUCAACAAGUUGGAGGCUAUCAAGGACUCCGGCGCUCGCAUAGUGCUCUCCAAGUUGCCUAUCGGCGACUUGGCCACCCAGUACUUUGCGGACAGAGAUAUUUUCUGUGCGGGCAGAGUUGCCUCCGAAGAUAUGGACCGUGUGAUCAAGGCCGUGGGCGGUCUGAUCCAGUCCACUGUGAGCAGCUUGGCUCCUGAAAACUUGGGCACGUGUGCUCUUUUCGAAGAAGUGCAGAUUGGAGGAGACCGCUACAACAUGUUCAAAGGAUGUCCCGAGGCGAAAACAUGCACCUUGGUGUUGCGAGGCGGAGCUGAACAGGUCAUUGCAGAAGUCGAGCGGUCUUUGCACGAUGCCAUCAUGAUUGUGAAGCGUGCUAUAAAACACAGCUCUGUUGUGGCCGGAGGCGGAGCCAUUGAGAUGGAGUUGUCUCGCUACUUGCGGGAGUACUCCAAAUCGGUUGCAGGAAAGCAGCAGUUGGUGAUUGGCGCGUUUGCACGGGCCUUGGAGGUGAUCCCUCGCCAGCUCUGCGAGAACGCCGGUUUGGACGGAAUCGAGCUCUUGAAUAUCUUGCGCAGCACACACGCCAAGGGAGAGAUGUGGAACGGUAUCGAUUUCCACAAAGAGGCCGUGGGAAACAACAUGGAGAGCUUUAUUUGGGAGCCUGCGCUUGUGAAAAUCAAUGCGCUUCUGUCGGCUACAGAGGCAGCCACGCUAUUGCUUUCUGUGGACGAAACGAUCAAAAACCAGGACGACCAGGGCGGCCGGGGCCAGGGUGCGUACUAG